AUGGUCAAACCUAUCAUUGCUCCCUCUGUUUUAGCCGGCGAUUUUGCUCAACUUGGAUGCGAAUGUCAUCGUAUGUUCAAGUGCAACGCUGAUUGGGUCCACCUGGACGUUAUGGAUGGCCAUUUUGUUCCAAACUUGACCAUGGGUCCACCAAUUAUUUCGAGCUUGAGAAAAGCGGUUCCUAGAGAUCCGUCUCAGCCAGGCAAGUUUUUCUUUGAUUGUCACAUGAUGGUUGCCAACCCAGAGCAAUGGAUUCCAGAAAUCGCUGAGGCUGGCGGAGAUCAAUACACUUUCCACUACGAAGCAACAGAGAAACCAUUGGAAGUUGUGAAACUUAUCAAGAAGCACGGAAUGAAAGCUGCUUGUGCCAUCAAGCCAGGAACUUCUGUUGACGUGCUUUAUCCCCUAGCUGAACAUCUUGAUAUGGCACUUGUCAUGACAGUCGAACCAGGCUUUGGUGGACAGUCUUUCAUGCCGGAAAUGAUGUCUAAAGUUGAAGAUUUGCGUGCCAAAUACCCUCAUCUCAACAUUCAAGUCGACGGAGGACUAGGUCCGAAGACCAUUCCUGACGCGGCAAAGGCUGGAGCAAACGUUAUUGUUGCUGGUACAUCUGUUUUCAAAGCAGCUAAGCCUGAAGAGGUGAUUCAGCUGCUCAGAGACCAUGUUUCCACAGAGCUCCAGUCUAGAGGCUUAUUAGAGACAGGUCCCGGCUACAAUGACGUUUGCGCCGGCCUCAGCCGCCACGUUAACGGUUUCAGGACCCAAGCCACCGUCCACCUGGAUGUCGAGUUUCGGGUACAACUGCCGGAGCUUGCGCACCUUGGACAUCAUCUCUGGCAUAAAAGACUGUCCUCCAAACCCUGGUUCCACAGUCAUUACCAAAACCAUGUCCAGUUGAUCUGCAAAAGACAACACCUGUUCAAUCUCGGUUUGGGGUUUCAAGGCACAGGCGGCUCUCAUUCCAUGCGCAUGAAUCAAUUUAACGAGAUUUUUGGGGUCUUUUGUGGACUCCAAAUGGAACGUGUACUGGUUCCCGCCAUAUUCGGCAACGGUUGCAACCCAUUGUUCUGGGUUGGCCACCAUCAUAUGGCAGUCGAAGAAGUACUUGGACUUGUCAACCAACAGGGUUCGGAGUUGAUGUAG